CUCUGGAUUAUGUUCCCCGCCAAAGCCUAGCAGCUGAUUUACAAAGAAAAUCUGUGGCUUACACGAAACCCCUAACACCCACAAAUAAUAAUGGCGGUAUCGCAAGUGCUUGUAGUGGUAGAUGUGAUACGUCCAUGAAGAUAUUUGUUGUAAUGUUGAAACCUCGCAUGAAAAAGAUGACAAUGACUCCACUGAAAGAUAACCAAGAUGUGGCAUGUUUCCUUGUCACUAAACAUUCGUCUUGGAGAGGGAAAUACAAAAGAAUCUUCUCCAUUGGCUCAGUGGGCAUUACGACUUAUAACCCUCUCUCUUUGGACGUGACCAAUCAGUGGUUCUACAGUGACUUCAUCAGUGUGUUACCAGUUCUGAAGGGUGGUCAGCGGAACAAUGAGUUCAGGAUCACAUUUAAGAAGGAUUGUAAGAGUGACUCAAUGACAUUUUCAUGUGAGCAUCGAGCUGAUCUGCUCACAGAGGCACUUCGUUUUCAACCACAAUUUCCUGAAAAAAAUAGAGAAACAUUGACAUGUCAUGCAUACAAGCACCACUGGUCUGACAUGCGGCUGCCUGUAAUGCUGGAAGUGACACCACACUCUCUAAACCAGCUAGACCUUGCCACAAAACAUGUUCUUGCAUCAUACUGCUAUAAAGACAUUGAAGGCAUGGCAGAAGUCAAGGAUAACCCAGGAGGUUUCGUGGUAGUCUGUGGAGGGUUUGGAAGAAUGCACCUGUUUGUGUCAGCGCAUUCCAGUGAAAUUCGUCAGAGAAUGAUAGACAUGGCUGUGAAAUGUAUUGGGAUUGGCAUCAAGGUCUUAAAAGAUCCUAUAACACUGGACGAGUUUUCUGCACAGCGGUUAGGGAAGUUUAGUGGUGACGAGUACAUCACAUCUAUUUCGGAGUUCAACAUCCACAAAGUACAUGCUGCACGCCACAAAGAUCCGCAGCGGCGAACUCUUUGUCUCAGUGAAACGUGUCUUUUGGAGCGAGACCCUCAGACAUACAGCAUCUGUACCCUCAGACCCUUGGCUGACAUCUUUGCACUUGUUAGGAGUCAGGACAACCCCCAGUUGUUCACCAUUGAGUAUAUCAGUGGGCAGGUUCGCAUGUACACAGCAACUGACAGGGAUGCCUUAUUAGCUUCUCUUUUGGAUGGAGUACGAGCCUCAGGGAACCGAGAUGUUCACGUCAAGAUGGUGCCCACCCCCAGAGGCAAGCGGAUUGGUCCUCUCAGUGUCCCCGUUGAGGAGGAGACUGAGUCACAUCACUUGCGGUUCCUCCAGAACCCUCCUGGGAAGAGAUCAUUUGCCGAAAUUGUAGAAAGAUUUAAUGCCAACAUUCCAUAUAGUGGCCUACUUCAUUCCGUGACCCAGGAUGGUUUGUUUGCAGAAAAUAAGGAGAAGCCCAUCACAGCAGCACUGCAGUCACUUGUUCAGAAGGAAGGGGACCAGAGCACCAUCUCUCUGAAGGACUUGGAAGCUCAGUUUCAAGCUCUGCGACGCCUAGUAGCCUCCAAAGUGGGUUUUGCAGCUUUCACCACGUUGUCUGGGUUCCGAGAAAGUGUGGGUAAAAAGGUUGUAAAAGCGUUGAAGAGGGAAGAUGAAGGCGUGACACAUGCAGCUAUUGACAUGGUGUGUGCCUUGAUGUAUCCCAUGCAUGAUAACUAUGAUCUGCGGCAGGAGCAGCUGAACAAGUCAUCACUUCUGUCUUCCAGCAAGUUCCUGGAAAGUUUGCUUGCAAUGUGGAUUGACCAUGUGAGCCAUGGUACGGGGGCACUGGUGGUGUCAUCCAUGUUGGAUUUUCUUACAUUUGCACUGUGUGUGCCAUACAGUGAGACAACAGAUGGCAAGCAUUUUGAUAACCUGUUGGAGAUGGUGGCUGAUAGGGGGCGCUCUCUCUUUAGAUUGUUUCAGCACCCCUCAUUGGCCGUAGUGAAAGGGGCAGGGCUGGUGAUGCGAGCUGUGAUAGAGGAAGGAGAUGCUGAAGUGGCUGCUCGGAUGCAGGAUCUCGCACUAGCUGAGGGAGCGUUGCCGCGCCAUUUGUUAACUGCUCUUUUUAUUCAAGGCACGGACGGUCGUGUACUCACUCACCGGCAGCUCUCUCGCCACCUGGUCGGCCUGUGGGUUACUGGCCACCCCACUGCAAUGGGCUUGCUCAAGAGAAUAAUGCCUUCAGGUCUUCUUGCAUAUCUUGACUCUGAGGAUAAAAUUCCUGAUUCAGCACUAGAACAGGAACAGCUGAACACAAGGGAUAAUCUCAAGAUUGCUCUGGAUCAUGCCAGCAAGAACAGACGUGGGCAACAUUGGGUCACUAUUGAGCGUCAGAUAAGGGUUCUGGAGAAGCACGUAGAGAAUGCUUUCCGGCACUGGGGCGACAGGAUUGGGCUAGAGAGGAGAGAAGACAAGCUAAAAGAAAGACCUAUUGUCCUCCGGAAGAGACGGGAGCGCAUAAAGAGCGAAGCCAACUGGAGCCUGUUCUAUUACAAGUUUGCUCAGGACCAUGCCCUGCCAAAUCUGAUAUGGAACCACAAGACAAGAGAGGAACUGCGUGAUGCCCUUGAUAGUGAGAUCCGUACAUUUGCAUCUGACCGUGACCUAGCAGGCAAUGCCCUCAUUGCAUGGAAUCACCAUGAGUUUGAAGUACAGUACCAGUGCCUAGCAGAUGAAGUGCGCAUUGGUGAAUAUUACCUGCGUCUACUCUUGGAGAAAGAAGAUUCCCCAGACUCACCCAUACGUCGGUCAUACGAGUUUUUCAAUGACCUCUACCACCGAUUUCUAUUAACAGCCAAACCUGAUAUGAAGUGUAUAUGUCUUCAAGCAAUGGGUAUUGUGUAUGGGCGCCAUCAUGAGGACAUUGGCCCAUUUAGUGAUACCAAAUACAUUGUUGGCAUGUUGGACAGGUGUAUGGACAAGAUGGAACGUGACCGCUUGGUCCUCUUCAUUAACAAGCUGAUACUCCAUCGCCGCAAUGUGAAGGACGUGUUGGAUGCCAGUGGGGUGCGGAUAUUGGUGGAUCUCCUGACACUUGCCCACCUUCACACAUCCAGGGCAGUGGUACCAACCCAGAGCAAUGUUAUUGAAGCUGGUCCAAACAUGUUGAGAGAAAGUGAGACAGAGUGGCACUACAAUUGUUCAGGGGAGAGGAAAGGUCCAGUCAGCUUCCAGGAGAUGUGCAACCUUUGGGAGUCGAAUCAGCUCACAGCCAGGACAAAGUGCUGGGCUCAGGGAAUGGAUGGGUGGCGCAUGUUGCAGCACGUACCCCAGCUCAAGUGGUGUCUCAUGGCAAAGGGAACACCUGUGAUGAAUGAGAGUGAACUGGCCAUUCUCAUCCUUAACAUACUUAUUCAGAUGUGUCAGUAUUUCCCCAGUAGAGAUGCUGAUGAUGCCAUCAUUCGACCACUGCCACAAGUCAAACGCCUGUUAUCUGAUCCUGUGUGCUUGCCACAUCUAGUUCAGUUGUUGCUGACCUUUGACCCAGUACUGGUAGAGAAAGUGGCAACUCUGCUGUGUGAGGUGAUGAGAGACAAUCCGAACAUCUCCACUCUAUACCUUACAGGUGUAUUUUACUUCAUCCUCAUGUACACCGGGUCAAAUGUUCUGCCUGUGGCUCGCUUUCUCCAGCUCACCCACACCAAGCAGGCCUUGAAAGGAAGUGAUACUUUGCUGUCAGAAAUUAUGCAAAGGAGUGUACUUGGACAGCUGCUACCAGAAGCAAUGGUGAAUUACUUGGAGAACCAUGGAGCAGAAAAGUUUGCUCAGAUUUUCCUUGGGGAGUUUGAUACACCUGAGGCUAUCUGGAAUUCAGAGAUGAGGCGGAUGCUUAUAGAGAAGGUGGCAGCACACAUAGCAGAAUUCAGCCCACGACUGCGAAGCAACACUCGAGCUCUGUAUCAGUAUUGCGCUAUACCAGUCGUGCGUUACCCGCAACUGGAUGAGGAACUAUUCUGCAACAUUUUCUACUUGCGUCACUUGUGUGACGCCACUCGCUUCCCAGACUGGCCAAUCAAUGAACCUGUGAAACUGUUGAAAGAUGUUCUUGAUGCAUGGAAGAAGGAAGUGGAAAAGAAGCCCCCUGCUAUGUCUGUAGAUGAUGCAUAUGAGGUUCUGGGCUUGCGUCCUAGAGUGCAAAAUGAAGAGGCUACUGUCAGGAAAGCAUACUACCGUCUUGCACAGCAGUUUCACCCUGAUAAGAACCCAGAGGGCAGGGAUCGUUUUGAGAGUGUGAAUAGGGCAUACGAAUUCCUCUGCAGCCGCAGCUCAUGGGCCAGUCAAGGACCAAACCCUGACAACAUUGUGCUGAUUUUGAGGACCCAGAGCAUCCUGUUCCAUCGCUACUCAGAAGAGCUGCACCCAUAUAAGUAUGCUGGCUACCCUCAGCUAAUCAAGACCAUACAGCUCGAGACAACAGAUGAUAUGUUGUUUUCAAAGUCGACACCUUUGUUGGCCGCUGCUAGUGAGUUGGCAUACCACACAGUGCAAUGCUCUGCCCUGAAUGCUGAGGAGCUUAGGCGGGAGAGAGGACUUGAAGUGUUGCUGGAUGCAUGUUCACGCUGUGUGUCUGUGCUGAGUGCUUCCUCCAAAACUACUGACAUUGGGGUUCAGGUGUGCACACAUAUUACACGCUGCUUUGGGGUAGCAGCCCAGUUCCAGAGUUGCAGGGACAAGAUGACAGAGAUGCCGCAAUUGGUGAAGGAUGUGUGCCGCAUCCUGUACUUCAAGCACCUGACACGGCUGUGCUCUGUGGCCACAGAGUGUGUGAGUUCACUUGCUGUGGACUCAAUUCUGCAGAUGCAGCUGCUGCAAGCAGGAGCGCUGUGGCACCUCCUACGCUUCAUGUUCAGUUACGACUUUACCCUCGAGGAGGGCGGUGUGGAGCGCAGUGAGGAUGCAAACCAGCAGGAAGUGGCAAACAAACUUGCAAAGUUGGCAGUGCGGGCUUGUGCCAGGCUUGGAGGCUACUUGACAGGACAGUUGGAGUCACCUAACAAUUCUGUCACACAGGAAAUCCUCAAUAGACUGCUGACACCAUAUCUGGCUCGACAUUUAAGUUUAGACAAAUCUGAGGAGAUCCUGAAAACAUUGAACAGCAACUGUGAGACACCAUAUCUGCUGUGGGACAAUAGGACGCGGGCUGAACUGUGCGAGUUUCUGGACCAGCAGUGCAGUGUGGGCACAGACAGCAAUGACCCAUCUUGUGGAAUUGAGUUUGUGUACACUGUCCACAGGAAGGAGCUUGUGGUUGGCGAGAUUUUUGUGCGAAUAUUCAAUCAGCAGCCCACCUACACAAUAGAGAACCCCAAAGGCUUUAGCAUCGACCUGCUGGAGUUUCUGGCCAUCCAGUCUGAUCACCUCAGUGCAGCAAGUAGCGUGUCACUAUCAGCAGCUGACAAAGAGAGGAUGAUACAUGUUGUCAUGGCACUGGAAGCUCUCUGCAAUGUCGUAAAAAACAAUCCAGGUGUAGAGAUCCAGUGUAUUGGCCACUUCCGCCUGCUUUUUGGUCUCCUGAGUGUGGACAGCUGCAAACCAAUACAACACUGUGCCCUGAACGUGAUAUCCAGUGUGACGCAGAACCGAGAGUGUGUCAAUGAUAUCGCAGCAUCGGAUGUAGUGGUACAUCUGUUGCUAACUCUGUACAGUCUUCCUGAUGCACAGAUCACAACAUUGGACACACUGCAUGCUCUCAUGCACACCACCAAGAUUGUCAAGGAUGCUUUGGCCAAAGGGGCUACAUUGUACCUGCUGGACCUGUUUUGCAACUCGAACAUUCCCACUGUCAGGGAGAAGGCAGCAGAACUGCUGGCUAGGAUGGCGGCGGAUAAGUUAGUGGGGCCCAAAGUUCGCCUCACAGUCAGUCACUUCCUGCCCACAUUGUUUGUAGAUGCGAUGCGGGAGGCAUCCCAUACCUGCGUACACAUGUUUGAAGGGACUCAUGAGAAUCCAGAGCUCAUCUGGGAUGCAGAUGCUCGACAAAGAGUGUGCAGUACCAUCUCUGCACUUCGAGAUGAACAUUUUGAGGCCCAGAAACAAAACCUUCAGGUGGUUUGGCGACUACCCGAUGAUGCCACAGUGGCAGCACCAAUUAGUCCUGGAGAGCCUGUUGUGGGUGGCGUGUAUUUACGUCUGUUUUUAGCCAAUCCUGGCUGGGUUGUGCGUCGACCCAAGGAGUUCCUUUCUGAGCUGAUGGACACCUGCCUAGGGCUAAUGAACAAGGAGAUACUAAAUGUGGAACUGUUGGAGACUGUUACCAGUGCCUUAGUGUGCCUGCUGCAGGCACAGCCCUCACUGGCUGAUCAUGUACCAUCCCUGGGGCACAUUCCACAGCUUUGUAAAAAGAUGGUGACUCACCACCAACAGGGAGCUGUCAUCCGGGCCACAGUGUUGGUGCUGCACCAGCUGGCUACAAGUGAGGUGUGCAUUCAAGCAAUGGGGCAUACAGAGUGCAUCAGUCCACUAAAGCAAGCAAUGCAGGCAAGAAAAGACAUGGUUGGAGUAGCAUGUGAGGCUCUUAACAGACUGUUCUCUGCCAACCAUGACCUACUUAUCAGACAGGCCCUUGAGGCAGACAUGGUGCAGUACUUGUUAGGCCUUUUGGAAGGACGCCUGGAAGCCCUGGAAAACCCUGCCAUGACUAAAGCACAGAUUGUUAAGGCACUAAAAGCCAUGAGCCGAAGCUUGCUGCAUGGCAGUAGUGUAGCAGCCAUAUUGGAUAAAUCACCUGUGUGGUCUGAGUACAAGGAUCAGCGACAUGACCUCUUCAUCAGCAGUGCACCAACUGCAGGAUAUCUCACAGCUGGAACUCCAGCUACAGCAGGGUACCUGACACAAGGGAACACCAAGACACUGCCUGAUGCUCCUCCCCCUAUGGACAGAGAAGAUUCCUUGGCAAGAACAGACACUAUAUGAUAGUUCACAUUCUGAUACUGUAUGAUGUUAAAAGCCCUCUGUGAUAACGUACGUGUAGGAAGAGGCCACAUUGAGUUUGUGCAUUUCUGGAGAUCAACAUGUGAUAAAGUUCCCCAACAGUAAGACACUUACAUGCUGUGAUUUUAAGAAUGAAGGAGAGAUGCUGACUGGGGUGAUUAUCAGCAUUAAUCAUUUCAAUAUUGUCUGGGCUAGGAAUGGAAGUGUUUUAGAAUAUUGAUGACACUUUUUUCUGCAUAAAAGUGUGGAAGUAUUAAGGCCUAUAUUUUUAUAACAUUUAAGAAACUAUAGCCACAACAGUAUACUGAUUGUAACCCUUUCAAUUCCUCUGUCUGGCUUGUCUUGACACUUGCAGAAAACACAUACUGGGCCAAUGUCAGUUGGACUGGACAGUCCCAGUAAUCUUAUAACUGGAUGAAAUAGACUGACAUUGGUCACGAUGGUUUAUUAUAGACUUAAAAGAUCUGAUUUCAACAUUUGGAAAAUACAUUCCAGUCCAGUGCAGGACUUGGCACAACAGUUUUGGAAUUCUAACAUAAAAUUUGAACCUGGUGGGGUGUCAUUCAUUAAAAUAUGGAACUCAAAAGGUGAAUAUAAAUAUCAGUUAUUGAUCUUUUGAUCUGCAAGUUCUUGGAUGUGGUCACAGUGGACAUUAGUUCCUAAAAGAGUUAGGCUAUGUGUACAGUGUCAUGAAGUAGGACUGCGAGUGGUACAGAUGAAUUUUGGGAUCAUUUUUAUACAAAAGUAAUAAUUUAUCAGGGAAAGCUGAGUUAACUCCUAAUUCAGCAGAUGCUAUUUAUGUCUUUGUUGCUUGUAUUCCUGUACUUAUGUGUGUAUAUAUAUUUCUGUAUGUAUCAUUUGUUUCCUCAUCCUGAAGAUAUCCACUUCAUAAUUUAGCUGAUGAUAGACUGGCAGUUCUGUUCCAGACAUCUCUGUGCAGAAUUUGAUAUGCACAAAAUAAUAUGGUUCACACAUAUAAGAAAGUUAACUCAAAGAAGUAUAUGAGCAAAUCUUAUAUAACUUUAUACAGCAAUCAUUAAUACAAUUUGCAAAUGUAUUUUUCUUUAUUGUAUAAUAAAUACUGUAUUGUAGGAUUAA